AUUGAGCUAAUGCUUUUACUUCCGUAGCCACUUAGCUCAUCUAUGUAGUGGAAUGACUUAGUGGAGUUUAGGAUGACUACAAGGGACAUAAUCACGACCUAUUCACGAAGUGCAGUAUCUAAAGCAUAGGGUUAUGAUUAGACGAAGAGAGAACUCAAUAGGGCAAUAUUCUUCGCUUCAUCUGUGUUCUCGGUAGCCACUCAGUGUCUUAAUGCUUAUUAGGUUGUUGUGCACAGCUGUUCUGGCACUGAGCGUCUUUCCACUGUUUAUGAACAAUGCCACGGGACACGAGUUUACAGAUUCGGACAUGGAGCACUACAGAGAGAGAAUCAAGACAAUGUUUUAUCACGCCUACAACAACUACUUGGACAACGCGUUCCCCUAUGACGAGCUGCGACCCCUGACGUGUGACGGUCAGGACACCUGGGGCAGCUUCUCCUUGACUCUGAUAGAUGCCUUGGACACUCUGCUCAUCCUGGGGAACCACAGUGAGUUCCAGAGAGUUGCCUCCCUGCUGCAGGACACGGUGGACUUUGACAUUGACGUGAACGCAUCCGUGUUCGAGACCAACAUCCGAGUGGUGGGAGGGCUGCUGUCAGCGCACCUGCUCUCUAAGAGGGCAGGGAUGGAGGUGGAGUCUGGGUGGCCGUGUGCAGGACCUCUCCUCAGGAUGGCCGAGGAGGCCGCACGCAAACUGCUGCCUGCCUUCCAGACCCAGACAGGGAUGCCUUAUGGGACAGUGAACCUCCUGAAGGGGGUGAGCCCCACAGAGACCCCUGUCACUUGUACGGCCGGGGUGGGGACUUUCAUCCUGGAGUUCGCCACCCUCAGCCGGCUGACAGGAGACCCCAUAUUCGAGGAGGUGGCCAGGCGAGCGCUGCGCUCGCUGUGGAACACUCGCUCGGACAUCGGACUGGUGGGAAACCACAUUGAUGUGCUGACUAAGAAGUGGGUGGCCCAAGACGCAGGGAUCGGAGCUGGGGUGGACUCCUACUUUGAGUAUCUGGUUAAGGGCGCCAUCAUGCUGCAAGAUGAGGAACUGCUCACCAUGUUCCAUGAGUAUGACAAAGCCAUUCAGAACUACACCAGGUUUGAUGACUGGUAUUUGUGGGUACAGAUGCACAAAGGAACCGUCUCCAUGCCAGUCUUCCAGUCCCUAGAGGCCUUUUGGCCUGGGCUACAGAGUAUGGUUGGAGACCUAGACAGUGCUGUGAGGACCUUCAUGAACUACUACAGUGUAUGGCGUCAGUUUGGGGGUCUUCCUGAGUUUUACAACAUCCCUCAGGGUUACACUGUGGACAAGAGAGAGGGCUACCCACUACGUCCUGAGCUGAUUGAGAGUGCCAUGUACCUGUUCAAAGCUACUGGAGACCACACCUUCCUGCAGCUGGGGAGGGAUGUUGUGGAGUCUCUGGAGACCAUUAGCAGGGUGGACUGCGGCUACGCCAGUGUUAAGGACAUGCGCGACCACAAGCUAGACAACCGUAUGGAGUCCUUCUUCCUGGCAGAGACCAUCAAGUACCUGUACCUGCUGUUCGACCCCUCCAACUUCCUGCUGCAGCCGCAGGCCUGGGAGGAAGGGGCGGGGCCUAGCGAGGACUGUGUCCUGGGGGCGGGGGGCUACAUCUUCAACACGGAGGCCCACCCCCUGGACCCUGCGGCGCUGCACUGCUGCAGCCGCAGACCCCAGGAGCGCCAGGAGCUCCAGGACAUCCUCCUGCACCUAUCAGAACCUCCGGCCCCUACUCAGGACAGCCAAUCAGAGGACACGCCGAUGCCUGGCCAAUCAGAGAGUAUUGCUCUGAAGCCAGGGGCGCGAAGGACCGCCCCUGUCCUGUCCUGCCCCAUGCAGCCCUUCAGCGCCCGCCUCUCUGUCCUCGGACAGGUUUUUUCUGACAACACUUGAACUUGGCUCACUUCACUGUUUUUGUUUGUCACUACCUUUUGUAGAUUAAAGAUAUUU